AUGACUAAAAAAUCUAUCAUCAUAGAUAAUUACCAAAACUUCAACAUAACUUCAUGCAAAAAUGGAUAUGUCAACUCGUUAGAAUUCAUCCUUUCUUGCCUGGAACGACUUCUACUUAUUAAAGAUGCCAUCAAUAUUGUCUUAGCAAUAUUAACCAUUUCAAAUACACCUAAAGCGCGAAAAGAUGUAAAAAGGUUAAAAGAAAUACAAAUAACUGAUAAUAAUUUCAAAUAUGCUACAUUUUCCUCUAUGAUUCCUUCUAUUUUAGAAUUGAUAGAAAAGUUAGAUUACUCUAUAGACUACUCAAAUGAAUCGAAUUAUGUAAACUUUGAAACAAUUGACUUAGUAUUCGAUGAUAAUGUUGGAUAUGUUUAUGCACAGAAAGAGGAAGAAGGUAGUCCUAAAGAUCGAAAAAUUAAAAUUAAUACACCCAUUGAUAAUUUGUCAGAUAAUAAAUUAUUCCUUGCAUACCUUCUGGAUCUGAGAUUUAAAAAAUUAAGAUUUGCAAUAUCAACUCAACAACUCCAAGCCAAAGCUGCCUUUCGAGAAAAAUAUAAUGAUAUUAAAUUACUUCAAUCUUUACUAACCCUAAUAAACCAACCUUUAGAUAUCUAUGAAGAACAACCUUUUGCUGAAAAUAGUCGACGCCAAAUUUAUCAAAAAAUAUUCAUCAAAUUAAUUUUUACACAUAAUACCAUUGAUGAGCCAAAUGAUGAAAUAAGCCAUUACUUUUCUUUAUCUGAAGUUUUUUAA